AUGGGCGGGUGGAAGCAUGGGCGGGUGGAAGCAUGGGCGGGUGGAAGCAUGGGCGGGUGGGAGGAAGCAUGGGCGGGUGGAAGCAUGGGCGGGUGGAAGCAUGGGCGGGUGGAAGCAUGGGCGGGUGGGUGGAAGCAUGGGCAGGUGGAAGCAUGGGCGGGUGGAAGCAUGGGCGGGUGGAAGCAUGGGCGGGUGGAAGCAUGGGCGGGUGGAAGCAUGGGCGGGUGGAAGCAUGGGCGGGUGGAAGCAUGGGCGGGUGGGUGGAAGCAUGGGCAGGUGGAAGCAUGGGCGGGUGGGUGGAAGCAUGGGCGGGUGGAAGCAUGGGCGGGUGGAAGCAUGGGCGGCUGGAAGCAUGGGCGGGUGGAAGCAUGGGCGGGUGGAAGCAUGGGCGGGUGGAAGCAUGGGUGGGUGGAAGCAUAG